AUGGGGCACUUUCGUCACUCGCGCCGCCAGCCCACGCCUGGGCUGGCUAAUGCGACAAACGCCUUGGGCUGCAACACUUUGCAAAAAGUCCCUCGGAAAGCCAAAGCCAAGAAGAAGCCACAGAAGCCAGGCACAGAUGCGAUCCUCCCAAGGGAUUAUCUUUUGUGUUGGCUUAGUGGUUGGGUACUGGCUGAGGAGGGGGGUGUAAUUGUGCAGAUGACCGCGGCCUCCUAUACCAUAGACCGGCUGCGACGCUGGGAGGAUGGGGAGAGGCUUUCACUGUGGCAAACUCGCCAACGGCCUCAGCGUGGGCAGCGUGGCCAGCUUACCAAAGCUGAGCGGCAGGACAUCGCCGUUAGCCUGGCCAGGGAAGGCUUCGACAGUAAGGCCUGCUCUGCCCUGCUGGCCACCGGCCUGGCCCCAGAAAACGCUGAAACUGUUGCUGCCCUCCGGAACUUGCAUCCGCAACAGCCUGCGCCUGCUGUCCCUGAGCUGCACGAGCUGCCGCCUGCCCCGGAGCUGGUCCCUGACACUGUUGGCAAGGCACUGCGGAGCUUCCCUGCUGCUUCUGCGCCAGGGCCUUCCGGCCUGCGAGCCCAACACCUUCGAAAGGCUUGCAGUCCUGGAACUACUGCUGGCUUGUUGGAGCAACUUGCAGCUGUCGUCAGCCUCCUGGCUAGUGGACAGGCGUGCGCUCAGGUUGCGCCAAUCUUGGCUGGUGCCUCCCUCGUGGCCGUGCCCAAGCCCAAAGGCGGCGUUCGGCCCAUUGCUAUUGGGGAAAUCCUGCGGGGUUUGACCGGCAAGUGCCUUAUGAGCCAUGCCCGCAGCGCUGCUCGGGACCAUGUCUUUCCCAACCAGCUUGGAGUGGCGGUCCCCGCUGGGGCUGAGGUGGCCGUGCACACCGUUCGCGGCUGGCUUGACAGGCACUCCAGGAGCUCUGGCAAGGUGCUUGUUAAACUUGACUUUGAAAAUGCGUUUAACCGUGUCAGCCGCCAACAAGUGCUCCUUGCUGCCCAAACCUACUUCCCCUUCCUGGCUCGUUGGGUGGCGUGGACCUAUGGGGCGACCCGUUGGGCUCCUUGCUGUUUGCAGCCCCUCGUUCUGGAACUCCGAACCGGCAUGGACCUCGACCUGUUCUACCUUGACGACGGAGUCCUGGCUGGGGACAUUGUGGCUGUCCGUGCGGCACUGGCGACUGCCGUUGGCAGGGCCGCUGAGCUGGGCUUGCGCCUCAACAUUGCCAAGUGCGAAGCAAUUGCUGUGGGCACCACCACUGUGGGAGAUUUGCUAGGGCAUCUACCCAGCGAGUUGCUCCGCGCGCCUGAUGGCCGCAUCCGGGUCCUCCGAGACUUCGAACUGCUUGGUGCUGCUGUGGGAGUCGCUGACUUCACACACGCUCACAGCUCCAAGCGCGUGCAAGUCGCUAAGGAGCUGCUGGAUGCCAUCGGGGAGCUGGAGGAUCCCCAGGUCGGGCUUCGACUGCUGCGGGCUUGUGCCGGGCAGUGCAAAGUCGUCCACAGCAUGCGAUGCGCCCCGCCUGGGCCCCAGCUGCGGGCCUUUCAGCAGUUUGACAACUUGGUGCGAGGCUGCUUUAGCCAGCUGACAGGCCUCCACCUGGAUGUCGAGCAAUGGGAGCAGGCUGGCCUCAGCCUCGCUCAAGGCGGGCUCGGGCUGCGCUCGACGCGGCAGCCGCCUACCUGGCCUCCGUGGGAGGAUGCGCCCACUUGUGCGGCCAAGUGGAUGGCGGCUUCGACCUUCAGCGCUGCUCCCCUCACGGCUGCUACCGCCUUGACCUUGAAGCAGAAGGAGCUCACCACGUGCACUGACAAAGUUGCUUGGGAGCGCCGCUUGGCCAACUCCUCCAUCACUGCGCAGGCCAUCCUUCGCUCUGAGGCGGAGCCGGGGGCCCGAGCGUUCCUGGCGGCAGUGCCGGUCGGGCGCAAACGUAUGGAGCCAGCCGUGUUCGUUGCAGAACUCCGACAGCGACUCUGCAUGCCGGAUGCUAGCAGAGACGUCUGGUGCCCGAGGUGCGAUGGCAUCCUCGACAAAUUUUCUCUCCAUGCUGGCCUUUGCCCGGCGGGAGGGGAACGCACUCUCCGUCACCAUGCCCUGCGCGACCUGUUGUGGGUCUGGACUGAAAGGGCUGGGAUGCAACCUGAGCGCGAGAAGCCCGGAUUGCUACUGCCUCAGCGCCCGGAUGAAGGGGGCCUCGCCAGACGCAGGCCAGCUGACAUCUUCGUGCCGUCAUACCUGGGGAGCCCUGUUGCCUUUGACUUAGCCGUUACCGGCCCACAGCGACAGGAGACCCUCGGGGAAGCAGCUCGCAAGAGUCUGGCUGCAGCCAUAUCGUAUGCGGAGGUCAAGCGCUCACACCUUGACACGGCGCAAACCUGCCAAGCUCAGGGCAUCCGCUUCCUCCCGCUGGUGGCAGAAUCUACGGGAGCAUGGGAGCCUGAGGCGGCCAAAGUUUUGCAACACAUCUCCGGAGCUGUCGCUGCGCGGGAGGGGGCUGAGGCCUCCGUGCUCCAUUCCGAGCUCUUGCAAGAGCUGUGUGUCACUGCCCGCAGCUUCCGCGCCAGGGCUGUGCUCCGCAGGCGAGCCGAACUGGCCGAGAUGGCGGGCUCUCACGAGGCCCGUGCGGCGGCUGGCGCCCUAUUCACGGCCUCCUGA